CUAGGGCGACGCGAAACUCCACCACAGCCAUCCAUCGUGAUACCUUUCGCGCGAGACGCAGAUUUUGUCGACAGAGGCACACUGCUCGACGAGCUCUGUGAGCGAUGCGCGCAGCCAGACGCGAGGCAGGCGAUUGUCGGACUGGGCGGGGUAGGUAAGUCACAGCUAGCGAUCGAGCAUGCCUACCGCACGCGCGAGCAGUCGUCAGAAACAUGGGUGUUGUGGGCCCACGCUAGCAACGCCGCCCGGCUGGAGCAAAGCUUUCACGAUAUUGCCGACCGCGUCAAGAUCGUCGGGCGUCAGGAUCCGCAAGUCAACAUCUUCAAGCUGGUGCACGACUGGCUGUGCGACAGCAAGCAGCCAUGGCUGCUCGUGCUAGACAACGUGGACGAUGCCAGCUUUCUACUCGAGGCCCGACCUGCCAGCUCCAAGACCGCAGCUAGACCGCUGUGCGAGUACCUCCCCCACUGCGAGCACGGCUCGAUGGUUAUCACAUCGCGAAGCAAAGAAGCGGCGAGGAAGCUGGUAGAGCAGCGCGACAUCAUCACGCUGGGCCCGAUGGACGAGGCGCAGUCGCUGGCGCUGCUUAGAAAGAAGCAGGGAGUGCAAGCGGACAAGAGCAAUGAUGCUGAGCUGGCAGAGCUGGCUGCAGCGCUCGAGUACAUACCGCUCGCUAUUACACAGGCUGCUGCAUAUAUCUUGCAAAGCGCACCUCGUUGCUCAGUGGCACGGUACCUAGAAGAAUUUAGGCGCAGCGACGGCGGAAUGACAAGCCUGCUAAACCACGAAGCAGGACAUCUUCGAAGAGACAAAGAGGCUAAGAACUCCAUCAUUAUUACAUGGCAAAUAUCAUUCGAGCACUUGCGA